AUGUCCGCCCGUUGGAGCGCCGCAAACGAUGAACCUUUCAUGCUGUGGCUUCACGAGGAAGUCGCUAAGCAGGGUGGUACUUUCGAGCAGCGUCGUGUCAUUUCUCUUGACGAGGAACAGUGCGACCUACUGGUGAAUUGUUCCGGACUGGCGGCGAAGGAACUGGCUGGAUACGACACGGUAUUUCCGUUCCGCUGCCAGAUCAUCAACGUGUUUCAUUCAAAGCCGAACGAGCCCAAGGUGUCGGUCGACAAAGAUGGACAGCACGCGUACAUCAUCCCUCGUCCGGAUGGCGACGUUGUGUUGGGAGAGACAGUGCAGGAGCAUAACUGGACGGUGCUGUCGUCUAUGGCCUGA